UAAUAAAUAAAAAAUUGUUUCAGAUCUCGUAAAUCAACUCCCAAAAUUGAUCACCAUGAUGGUAAAAAAGUACUCUCAAGGUAAGAAUUCAAAAUUCGGGCGUUACAGUAAAAAGAAGGACAAAAAGUAUUUCUUCAAGAAGAAAAAUCCAAAAAAACGCGUUAACCCAUUGGUGGUACAAAAAGCAAUAGAAUGUCCUUGGAUCACUUCAAUCCGCCGAUUUCUUCAGACAAGUAUGGACGUGAACUUACUAAACUUAACGGAGCCUCUACUUCACACAGCGGUCCGCAUCUCCAAGUACACAAUGGUCCAACAAUUACUAGCCGCCGGAGCAGAUCCCAAUGACGUACCAAAAUUAGGUGACUGUGGUCACCCUCCUAAAUUUUUGGUUCCCAGUCCCAAGAUCCAGUGUCCUUGUCCACCAUUGAUAAUCGCAGUGGAUAGAGGCAACGAGAAGAUGGCCAAGUUGCUGAUUCAAAACAAAGCCGAUCCUAACAUCGUAUCUUGCUACGGUUCAGCUUUGAAUAUUGCUGUGGAGAAAGAUUCAUACCGUGCUGACAAUAAUUUGUUGACUAUCAUCGAGAUUAAGGCCUUCAACUUCUUCCUUGAACAAUUAGUGAAAAAUUAA